GUAUCAACGAUUCUGAAAUAUUCAUGUUGUUUACAUUUCAACGGGGAUUCCCCAUAAUUACGCAUGCGCAGUAGAGUUAUACCCUGGUAAAACUCAAGGGGUUUCCCCGAAACGAAAGUCAAUAUUUUGAAUAUUUGAAGUAUUUUCGGUAAUAACGAGCAUAUUGAUUGCACAAAGACGGUGAAACAAACGUCUAAAGAUGCUAAGGUUAGCAGGCAGUAGUCUGCAUAAAGCAGCUAGUGAAGGAAAUGACAUGGACUUGACGAAAAUACUGAAACAAAUGCCUCCCAUAGAAAUUGAAAAAUCAUUGAACAGUUUGAGUGAGGAUAGUGAAGGACAAAAUGUUACACCGUUGAUAAUUGCAAGUAAAAAUGGCAAUGAGAAAAUUGUCAAGACUCUGAUCAAAAACUCUCUAGUCAAAAUUAACAUCGACCAAGUCGGCUGUGUAAAGUUUGAUGGCUAUUCAAUAGAGGGAGCAACAUCUUUAUGGUGCGCUUCGGGCGCUGGACAUUUAGAAAUAGUGAAACUUCUGGUUGAGAAUGGGGCCGAUGUCAACCAUAAGACCGCAUCUAAUUCGACCCCAUUGAGGGCUGCAUGCUUUGAUGGCAGGGUGAAAAUUGUUCAGUACUUGUUGAAGAAAAAAGCAGAUUUGACGAUCACGAAUAACUACAAAAAUACAUGCUUGAUGAUUUCUUGCUACAAGGGUCAUAGGGAAUGUGUAUUGGAGUUGCUAAAAUACAAAGCUGAUCCCAAUCUAAAAGCGCAUUGUGGAGCAAAUGCAUUGUUAUUCGCUGCAGAAAUGGGACACUUGGAAAUUGUUAAGGACUUGAUGAAACACAAGGCUGACAUGAAUGUUACUAAUGACUAUGGUGUUACGCCAUUAAUGGCUGCUGCUGAGUCUGGAAAAGCUGAUAUUGUUGAUUGGUUCACUAACCGUAAAGAAUGCUCAUUGCUUGCAAAAAUAACAGCAUAUGAGCUCAUUGGUGCCACAUAUGCAAACGAUAAAGCAAACUAUAACAUUGAAAAAGCAUUUGAUUUCUUCAAAUUGGCAAUGAAUAAAAGAGAGGAAAAUGCAGCAAAAUUAGAUACAAAGAAACCAAUAGGCAAAAAUCCUGCUUAUAAGAACCACAUAGAAUGUACUAGAAUGAGUGAAUUGGAGAGGAUACAGGGCAAAGAAGAGAAAAUACAACUUGAAGGUCUAGUCAUAAGAGAACGAGUAUUUGGGCAAAAUUACCCAGACCUACCCCAUCUUAUUGUAUACAGAGGGGCAGUUCAUGCAGAUAGAGGAGAGUUUGACGAUUGUGUUUUGAUGUGGCUAUAUGCACUUAAACUGCGCAGCCAUUAUGGUCGCACUGUGAAUAAGGACUUACUAAGAUUCGCCCAACUGUUUGCACAGAUGCAUUACACUGGUCAUGGUGUUGACUUCACCCAUAUGAUGAUGGUACUAGAGGCGGGGAUGAAGGAAUUCCAGCUGAACCAGCGCAAGAUGAAAAAGGGCAAUAAGGAUGAGAUUAAGAUCCAGGAGAUGUACUACGACUGCAAUAUCACAUCAAUGAUAUAUCUACUUAUCAUCGCAAGCAAGAUUAAAAUUAGUGAGGAAGAAAUAGAUGACGUGUUCUACCCAUUUGCGUACAAGUUGAUGAAAAUGAACAUCCGUCAACCAGAAACAGGAAACACCUUGCUCCACCUGGUGUGUGAUCAGAACACCCACAUUGAUGGAUUCCAUAUUAGUGAUGUCGUGAAAUUUCCCAACCAUAUAAUGACUAGAAUGUUUUGUGAAUGUGGUGCUGAUGUGAAUGCAGUCAAUACAGAUGGGGACACACCUCUGCACACCAUCGUUAGAUAUGAUAAACCAAUCAGCGACUUUCACACACUUCAUGCAGCAAUAAUGUCGCUCAUUGAAUAUGGAGCGCACGUUGAUAUGACAAACAAUCUAAGGAAAACAGCAAUAGACGUUAGCCUAACUGGUGUGUCUGAAAUCAUCAUCAAAACAUCAACAAGUUUUACGCUGAAAUGCCUCACAGCACAGGUUGUCAAAAAGAAAGAGAUAUCAUAUGUGGGGCAGAUUCCCAUUGAGUUAGAAGAGUUUAUAGAGAUGCAUUGACGUUGAAUUGUAGACGUGUUUGACAUUGCUCCUUAAGAUUGAGCUAUUGUUCUUGAUGUGAUAAACAUGAUAAACAAUACCCAUAGACUAGCUACAUGUAUAUUUAAACUGUUACCAAAACACUAACAGUUAUCUGACAUGUACUUAUCUGGGUGUCCAUGAUUAUUGGUCUGGACUUUAAAUUAUCUUGAUUUAUUUUAUUUUGAAGAUCAUGAGUUUUUUAUUUCUGCAAUAUUUAUAAUGGCAAGGUCAAACUCCAAAGUAUAUAAUAAAUUAAAGUUAUUUUGAUUGUAGGGAUUUCAUUAAAUUGAGGAAUUAAUCUAGAUGUCAAAUAAUUAGCCUCAACUGGCAAAUUGUAAUCCUGUGUUCAUCAAAUAAGAUCAGAAAGAUGAAAUGUUAUAGGCCCUAAUUAUCUUAAUAUCUUUAUCCUAAAUGUUUUGAAUACUGUGCUUCUACAUAAUCUGAGGGCUGUUUGAAUUUGGCCCCCAAAAUAAGUUACCAAAUCAGCCCAAAUUUUGAGGCCCAUUUUCUUCAAAUUUGGCCUCAAAUUAAAAAAUAAGGCCCUAUAAGGCCCAGUAAUAACCAAAAAGGCGCACUUUUUUGGCCCAAAAUUUUUUCUGAGCUCACCCAAGGGGUGGGCGCCCCCCCCCACCCAGAUCCGCCAGUGCAAAUUAAGUAGAUGUACAGUAUGCUAUUGUAAACAAUUGGGUUUAGAAUUAUUCAACCAGUUGCAGUUUUGUUAUUAAUGUUAUUUAGUAUUUACCAUGUUUACAAGUACAUGGUGACCCAAAAAAAGAAGAGUACAAGAAGAAUAUUGAAUGUUAUGUAACAAAUUUGGUCUCAGAUUGUCAUCCAUAGAUAGUAGUUUCUGUACAUGAAAAAUGAAGUUGAUUACAUUUGUAUUAAAGAAAUUAUUUCAUUUUUGGAGGGUUCUGUUUGUUGGGUCACCCUGUAUACUGUUAUAUACAAUGGCUCUUGAGAUACCUGGAUCUGUAGUUGUCUAAGUUAAGAGGCUAAGAUAACCUAAGUUUGUUUGUGUUCAUGAUAACCAACAAUGGCCAAUAAUACUUGAACUCAACCCAUAGAGAGUAAGUCAAGUCAAUAUGCCAGAUAAUAAAUAUAAUCAUUAAAGUUAUUUUCAGUUUCAAAGUUAUUGACUAAGUUGAAUUUUCAUUUUGUACACCAGGCAGCUGAAAAUUGACGUAUACAGCUGUAUGCAAAUGUGAUAUCGCUAUGUAAUCACUCAAAAUGUUAUGAUUUUGAAAGAACUUCUGGUAGGGGGGGGGGGGGGGGGGGGGGGGCUCAUGUCUGAAAAUGAUUUAUACAUUUAUUUUUACCAACAACUAGGAAGGGUUAUUUUUGAUCAUCAUUAUUUAUGUCAAAUAAUGUGUAACUUGUGCUAUUUUAAAGUGAAAGUAAUAAAAAUCCCUUGCAUGUGACAAUGACUAACAUAACGUGGGAGGCUGGCUGCUGAGUCAGAGUUAAAAACAGAAAAUAGUGUUUGCAUAUCACAAUUGUUCUAGUCAUCAGUUCUCAACUUUAUUAUUUCAUGAUAACGUCUUGAAUUUAUUGUUAGCUAUAUAUUCCAUCUGUCCUAAGAUUACUGUCAGUAUGUUUAAUUUGGUGAUUUUUGUAAGGGUUGGAAUGUAAUGUUAUAAACCAAUUGAAUGCUAUAUGAAACAUAUUUUUGAAUUCCCU